CUAUUUGGAGGGGAGGGGUCUCCAUCCUCAUUCCCGGAAGAGAAGCGGGCUUGGAGAAGAGGAGAAAGAGAGUUGGGAAGAUAAAAGCACAGCUCCUUUCUUUGAAGUACAACUGGGAAAGUCCUAGAAGUGGCCAACUUUACGGCUCCUCCGAAUCGCCUCACCAAUGGCCUCAGAGGCACCUUUUGGACCUUCUCUUCUUCAAGGUGGAGUGGAAAGAGGAGCCAGGCAGCUUCUUCAGGCCCUCUUGACCUUUGAGGAGGUGGCUGUGUUUUUCACGGAGGAGGAGUGGGCUCUGCUGGAUCCAGGCCAAAGAGCUCUGCACAAGGAAGUCAUGGAGGAGAAUUAUGGGAUGGUGGCCUCUCUGGGUGAUGGAGAAGGCAAUCAGAAUUUUGAGUGGCCAUCUGUAAAGUACUACAGUGUGAGUGAACACCUUAGCACACAUCUACAAACUAACGCAGGGGAGAAACCCUUUAAAUGUAUGGAGUGUGGAAAGAGUUUCAGUGAAAGAGGAAAACUUACCGUACAUCAACAAAUUCACACCGGGGAGAAACCAUUUAGAUGUAUGGAGUGUGGGAAAUGCUUCAGUCAGUGUUCACACCUUACUAUACAUCAACGAACCCACACUGGGGAGAAACCAUUUAAAUGUAUAGAGUGUGGAAAGAGCUUCAGUGAGAGUGGAAAACUUACUGUACAUCAACGAACUCACACAGGGGAGAAACCUUUUAAAUGUAUGGAGUGUGGGAAGAGCUUCAGUGUAAGUGGAAAGCUUACUGUACAUCAACGAACUCACACAGGAGAGAAACCCUUUAAAUGUAUGGAGUGUGGGAAAUGCUUCAGUCAGUGUUCACAGCUUACUAUACAUCAACGAACUCACACAGGAGAGAAACCAUUUAGAUGCGUGGAGUGUGGAAAGAGCUUCAGUGUAAGUGGAAAACUUACUGAACAUCAACAAACCCACACAGGGGAGAAACCAUUUAUAUGUAUGGAGUGUGGAAAGUGCUUCAGUUGCAGUGGGAGCCUUACUGUACACCAACUAACUCACAAAGGGGAGAAACCAUUUAAAUGUAUGGUGUGUGGAAGGUUCCUCAGUAGUAGGGGAGCACUUAAAAAACAUCACUUAACUCACACAACAGAUAAACCAUUUAAAUGUAUGGAGUGUGGAAAGAGCUUCAGUGAAAGUUCACAAUUUGCCAUACAUCAACGAACUCACACAGGGGAGAAACCCUUUAAAUGUUUGGAAUGUGGAAAGAGCUUCAGUACAAGUUCACAGCUUACAAUACAUCAGCGAACUCACACAGGGGAGAAACCUUUUAAAUGUAUGGAAUGUGGAAAGCGCUUCAUUGAAAGUGGAAAACUUACUGUACACCAACGAAUUCACACAGGGGAGAAACCAUUUAGAUGUGUGGUGUGUGGAAAGAGUCUCAGUAGUAGUGGAGCACUUACAAAACAUCAACUAAUUCAUGCAGGUGAGAAACCAUUUAAAUGUAUGGAGUGUGGAAAGCGUUUCAGUGAAAGUUCACAACUGAUCAUACAUCUUCGAAUUCACUCGGGAGAUAAACCCUUUAAAUGUAUGGAGUGUGGAAAGAGCUUCAGUCGGAAAGGAGUCCUUAUUGUACAUCAACGAACUCAUAUGGGGGAAAAACCAUAUAAAUGUGUGGAGUGUGAGAAGAGCUUCAGUUGUUGUGAAAAUCUUAAUUUACAUCAACGAACUCACACGGGGGAGAAACCCUUCAAAUGCAUACAUUGUGGAAACAGCUUCAGUAAUAGUGGAAACCUUACAAGACAUCAACGAACUCACACAGGAGAGAAACCCUUUAAAUGUAUGGAGUGUGGAAAGUGCUUCAGUAAUAGUGGAGCACUUACAAAACAUCAACUAACUCAUACAGGGGAGAAACCAUUUAAAUGUAUGGAGUGUGGAAAGAGCUUCAGUGAAAGGGGGAAGCUUACUGUACAUCUACGAAUUCACACAGGGGAGAGACCCUUUAAAUGCAUGGAGUGUGGAAAGAGUUUCAGUGAAAGUGGGAAACUUACUGUACAUCAACGAACUCACACAGGGGAGAAACCAUUCAGAUGUCUGGUAUGUGGAAAGUGCUUCAGUCGGAAUGGAAUCCUUACUGUACAUCAACAAACUCAUGUACGGGAGAAAUCAUUUAAAUGCAUGGAGUGUGAAAAGAGCUUCACUAAAGGUUCACAACUGAUCAUACACCUACGCACUCACACAGGGGAGAAACCCUUUAAAUGUUUGGAGUGUGAAAAGAGUUUCACUUGUAGAGGAAGCCUUACUGUACAUCAACGAACACACAGAGGGGAGAAACCAUAUAAAUGUUUGGAGUGUGGAAAGAGUUUCAGCCGAAGUGGGCAUUUUAGAAUCCAUCAGCGAACUCACACAGGGGAGAAACCAUUUAAAUGUAUGGAGUGUGGGAAGAGCUUCAUUGAGAGUGGAGCUCUUACAAGACAUCAACGAACUCACACAGGGGAGAAACCAUUUAAAUGUAUGGAAUGUGGGAAGAGUUUCAGAGAAAGGGGCAAACUUACUGUACAUCAACGAACUCACACUGGGGAGAAACUGUUUAAAUGUUUGGAGUGUGGAGAGAGUUUUAGUCAAAAUGGACAUUUUAUAAGACAUCAACAAACACACAGGGGAGAAACCAUUUAAAUGUAUGGAGUGUGAGAUGUGCUUCAAUGAGAGUGGAGCACUUACAAAACAUCAAGAAGCUCAUAGAGGAGAAACCAUGUAAAUUGAAGGAGUGUGGACUGUGCUUCAGUUAAGGUCAUCUACAUACUCUCACAGGGGAAAACCCAUUUAGAUGUUUAGAGUGUGUCUAGUGUUUUCUUCGUUCUUCACAUCAACAAACUUAUAUCAAUUGUAAAUGCAUGGAGUGUUGUUGGUGUUCUGGGUUUUUUAUGGAAAGUUGUACACACAUGUAUUAAAGUAAUGACGGUAGCUUC